AUGGAAAACAUCGCGUUCAUGGCCAUCAUCAUCCUCAGCAUGAUCAUGUCAGGCUUGAUCAUCCACUACGUCGCCAAAAAACUCAACCAGUGCUUCCCCACCUCCGACAGCCACAACCCCGACGACCCCUUCAACCGCCCUCGCCCCGUCGUCGGCAGCCAGACCGGCGGCGUCAACAUCGAGCUCGCCGUCUUCCCGCAGAACGGCGACAGGGCUGCCGUCCGCGUGCCGCGCGGUGCGCUUGCUCGUGGCGGGCGUGCGGCUGUCUACCAGGUGCCGAGGAGGGACCCGCCGGCGUACAAUGCCGAGUCCGGGCUGACGGAUCCGCCGCCGGUGUAUUCGGUCGGAUUGGGAGAGCAUGAUGCGAGGGUCAUUCAUGUGAGGGAGGCUUGA